AUGUGUAUUGCAUUUCAGCUCAAAGAUGCGAUUUUGAAUGGAACACAUCCUGUGAACUUGGAGGAGGCGGUAACCUUGGCUGCUCUCCAAUGUCAAGUGGAACUCGGAAAUUACAGCCCAACAAAAUUUAGACCUGGCUACCUAGACCUUAAAGACUACCUUCCAAAGGAGUUCCAGAAAGUGAAGAGCGUGGAAAAGAAGGUAUUCCAGCAGCAUGCCACUCUGAACGGUCUGACUGAUAUUGAGGCUCGAGUGAAGUACUGCCAUUUCUGUCGAUCGCUGAAAACUUACGGUAUCACCUUCUUCCUAGUCAAAGAAAAAAUGAAGGGUAAAAACCGUUUAGUUCCUCGGCUUUUGGGAAUAACAAAGGACAGUGUGGUUCGGCUGGAUGAACGUACCAAAGAGGUUGUGAAAGUUUGGCCACUUACAUCAAUUCUCAAAUGGGCAGCAUCUCCCAAUGCAUUUACUAUGGAUUUUGGAGAGUAUUCACCGGAUGAGUAUUACACAGCCCAAACAGCAGAAGGUGAACAAAUUUCCCAACUCAUCGCUGGCUAUAUUGAUAUUAUUCUGAAGAAGCAGAAGGCAAGAGAUCAUCAAGGACUCCAGGGUGAUGAGGAAUCGGCAAUGUAUGAAGAGAACGUCCGAGCUGAACGUGCAAGGUUUGUUCAAAAUGAGCGCCGAUCCGUGGGACCAGCCGAUCGCGAGUCCGAAAGGUUUGCAGUCGAGGAGACAAUCGAAAGACAACGUCGUUUGCAGCAACAGACGGUUAUUCUGAACGGAGCCUCUCAACAGGUCGAAGUCAAUGAUGAUAACAUGGUUGGAUAUAUUGGUACUUCAGAACGUCGGUAUAUUCAAGCAGGUUCAAUACCGACACUGUCGAGUGAAGCUGUUCGAAUGAGGUCGAACGACGAUUCAACCGACGAUUUCUGCACAGGAGGAGUGAGAAAACCCGGGUUAUUCCGAUAUGGAACACUUAACAAAACUAAUCAAAAUGGUGAAGAGUGA